UAACUCUAUGUCCUGAGAAUGACAGAGAGAGUGAGAAUGCAUCCAGAAGUGUAUAAGGCUGUAAAGUCAGGAGACUUUCAUUCCCUGAUGAAAAUAAUUGCGGAAAAUGGAGAGUACCGUUUCCACCAAAAGACUCCCAAGGGGAACAACAUUCUUCAUGUUGCAGCUCAAUACAAGCAGGUAAAUUUCAUCAAAGAUCUUCUUCAACAUCCAUCAGGAUCGUCCCUUCUUUGGCAGGGUAACAACAAAGGAGACACUCCCUUGCAUGUUGCUGCUAAAGUGGGAAGCUAUGACGCGGUUCGAGUCUUCACUGAUCAGGUGAAAUCACCGGAUCAACCUGAUGCGUGCAAAGAUCUACUUAGGAGACUGAAUUCGCAUAAUGAUACCUCGCUGCACUAUGCAGUGAGAGGAGGUCACAAGGGGGUGGUGCAGUUGCUGAUAGAAGAAGAUCCUCAACUAUGUGAUAUUACUAAUGCUGUUGAUGAGUCCCCGCUUUAUCUCGCAGCACAUCGAAGACGUUCAGAUAUCAUUGAGCUAAUUUUAAGUGCUUUCUCAUCGUCAUCCUCUCAUAAAGGCCCUAAAGGUGCGACAGCUCCACAUGCCGCAGUGUACUCCUUACCACCAAGUUGGAAGAAAAUCGUGGAGAAGAGACCAGAAUUGAUCAGAGAAAAAGAUGAAAUGGGUAGGACUCCUCUUCAUUAUGCCGCUUUCUUAGGCGAAGUCAAAGUAGUUCAAAUGCUCCUACUACACGAUACUUAUGCGGCAUAUGACUUAGACAAAGAGGGGCAAUCGGCUCUUCACAUUGCAGCGUUUCGUGGCCGCGUCAAUGUCAUUGACGAGCUUCUUGGAUUCUGUCCUGAUGCUUGUGACAUGAUAAACAUCAAAGGGCAAACGGCUCUUCAUGCAGCUGUUAUUGGUAGACAAGUAAAUGUAGUCAAGCACAUACUAGAAAUGCCAAACCCGGAGGAUCUCAUCAACGAACAAGACGCCGAGGGAAACACGGCUCUCCAUCUAGCUGCGCAUCAUAAACGGUACAACAUCAUAUACAUACUGGCACGAGACAAGAGGGUGGACCGUUUGGCCACAAAUAAGGAUCACUUGACAGCCUGUGAUAUUUUUCGUGCUCAUAAAGAGGUUGGCUACAGUGCUGCAAAAGUUUAUCAUGUGUUGGAAAAUUCUGGUGGAUUCCUGGGUUUUCAAGGCUGGGUUGAGGAGAGGCUAGACAAGCAAUAUGUUAAAGGUCAACAUGCUGUCUCUGAAAACACACAAAGUAAUACCACCAUCCGAGAAGAGUACGCUUCGUUUGCCAAGUUUCAACAACUAGCGUCAGUGCUCAUAGCCACAGUCACCUUCGCUGCGUCCUUGACGAUGCCCGGAGGUUAUAACAACGAUGGAAUGGCGAUUCUUGCUGGCAGGGCAGCUUUCCAAGCCUUUGUGAUAUUGAACUCUAUAGCAUUCGGUUUGUCAAUGCUGGCAUUAUCCUUACAAUACUUUGCCACUGACACAAGCAAUCGCCUAAGGGUAGGAUAUGCCAACACCGCAGUACUAUGCACUUACAUGGCGGAGAUUGCGAUGAUACUAGCCUUUACUUGUUCUACGUAUGUUGUAUUGCCCAGAUCCAUCGGGCUCGGAAUUGUUUCUAUUGUUGGGUUUGGAUGUGGCCUGAUUUUCUACCACAUCGGUAUUUUCCUUGACCCCGACCUUAAUUAUUUCGGGUUUUCAUGUAAGUCUCAGAAAAGAUACGUCCUAGGCUUAUUGUUUGAUUAUGGGAUCCUCUAGGAAAGCUGCUAACAAGUCGGGCCGGUUCUUUAGUCCGGUGACCUUGUGCACGGGGAAAUUUUCUUUGCUUUGCCAGCUGUCGAGUUCGAGCACUUGUAUGUUAGCUGUCUAAUUUAAAACCUCUCAAUGCCGACCCGUUGGAUUGAGCGCCGCCAAAAAUUGCUGUGCUCACGAUGACUGGAGCGCAGCAAAGGCCAACAAGUUUUACUUUCCGUUUAUGUGAAGGAUGUAUGUAAAAGUGGAUUGCAUCACAGUUAACCAAGUAAAAGCCAAGAGGGUUAGCAGUAGCUAAGCAAUUGCAGUUGAACGUCAAGUUGGAAAAAUGUUUGGU